GUAGCAGCAGGAACUAGCAGUAGGAAGACGACACCAGAUUGUCCUGGCAAGUCGUGUUCUGAUGAUGUCGAGGCUGCCUGGCGCUUCGGUGCUAUUGCUUCUCAUGGCGCUUGUUGGUUCACUUCCGCUGCUUGUAUUUUUGCUAUUCCGGUUCGUGCUACCCGCCGUCGAACCGACAAACCCAUGGCCGCCAGCUUUACGCGUCUCCGAAGUGACAACGAAACCGGAUACCGAUAAAAAUGUGUACCGAGGUCUUGAUCUUGCCAACGGCAUAAAGGUUCUUUUGGCAUCGGACCCUAACGUGGAGAAGGCGCGUGCCGCUCUUUGCAUAAUGAUCGGCUUUAUGUCUGACCCAUGGGAAUUACAGGGUCUUGCACAUUUUACGGAACACAUGGUGUUCAUGGGGAGUCGUCGAUAUCCGGACGAGAAUCGCGUGUUCAGCUUCCUACAUGGUCAUGGCGGCCAGGUGAAUGCGUUCACCACUAAUGAUGCGACUUGCUACUAUUACGAGGUGGAUGCCGAGUAUUUGAGUGAAUCGUUGGACAUUUUCGCUGACAUGAUUGUCGACCCACUUUUCCCUGAAGAGACAGCCAAAAGGGAGAUACACGCCGUAGACUACGAGCACAAGAAAAAUAUGAAAGAGGAACUGUGGAGAGAGUCUCAGGUGGAAAAGGUUACUGCUGAUCCCAACCAUCCGUUUGUAAAGUUCUCUACCGGAACAAAGGACACGUUGUACGCAGGUGCGCGCAAACUAAACACAACGCUUGUCGCUGAAAUACGCAAAUUCUAUAAUAAAUUUUAUGUCGGACAGCUGAUGAGUACGAUGAUUCAAGGUCGAGAAUCUCUCGACGAAUUACAACGGUUGGCACUUCGCUAUUUGUCGCCUAUUCGUCGAGGUGAAAUCUCAGUGCCGGAGUGGCCCACACACCCGUUCGUCAACACGAGCCGAUUGUUGAUUCAUAUUGUGCCAGCCCUUGAGCACACGACGCUAGAGAUUGUCUUUCCAAUUCCGGAGAUGGCUAGACUGUAUCGGAGUCAACCAGAUGUGUACGUUGCGAUGGGCUUACUGAAUCCGAAGACGCCGGGCAGUCUCUAUGCCUACCUCCACUCGCAAUCACUAGUAACUGGCGUUCUCGCUAAGGGACGGACAAGCCUUCGAAAUUUCAGUAUCUUUCGUGUAACAUUCUCACUGACUGAAUAUGGCUUUGGUCGAGUUGACGAAAUUGUCGAAACCCUAUUUGCCUACAUUGCUUUUCAUAAAAAGGUUGGGCCACAGGAACAUGUGUUCAAUGACAUCAAACUUAUAAAACAACUCAACUUCAAGUUUCGGCCACACUUGCCGCUUUCCGAUUUCGCACGUAUCGCAGAUCGUUUGCGGACGUUCGAAAUGUGGGAUGAUGUAAUCUCCGGCCAAUGGCUUGUACACGACUACAGACCCGACCAGAUUCAAAAUCUACUUACGUAUCUCUCACCGUACAAUUGCCGAAUAACAUUACAAUCGCCGAGUUUUGUAGAUGAGCCAAAUUUGAAAGUCGAGCCGUUGUACAACGUUUCCUACUCGGUUUCGGUAAUCCCCGAAAAAAAACUACAAAAAUGGAGCGAAGCUCAGCCUCGUCCAGAGCACGAGUUUGCUAUCCCUCCGCCAAAUCAGUUCAUUCCUGACAAAUUUCCGAUUCAUCGUGCUUUACCAGAAUUCAGCAAUAAACCAGUGUUGCUCCGACAAGACAAUCGUACACGGCUCUGGAUAUUACAAAAUGAUGCCUUCGAAACGCCAAAAAGUAUGGUUUACGUCAUUUACCGAACCGAUAUCAUCAGGCGGGGCAGCUCCGACAUCGUGAGAUUGGCACUUAUCGCCAAAACUUACCUAGAGGCUAAUGAGGAGGAAUUAGGAGCCGCGCGAAUGGCCGGCUCUAAGAUCGAUGUCGUUCCUGUUCUCAACGGCCUCGUCAUUUCAAUUAAUGGAUACAAUCAGAAACAAUUGCAAAUUCUGAAAAGUGUGCUUGAUAAACUCAAACGUUUUACGAUCAAUCGCACGACAUUUGACAUGGCGAAAGAACAGCUCAAGGAUGUCCUCAAAGCUUCGCCAGCGCGACGCUAUCAUUCGGUGAUGACGGAAAUACGCGAUCGCCUUCUACAUGCAGAUUUCAACGUUACCUGGCGCGACCAGUUACAACACUUAGAGGGAUGUACCCUUGAAAAUACUCAGGACUUACUUAAUCGGAUGCGCUCUAGGCUGACUGCAAUCACCUAUGUGCACGGCAACGUCCAUGAGGAUACGGCUUUGGACAUGUUUGCUGCGAUCAAGCAAUUGGUUCAAGAAACUUCGUUGACUCUCAAAGGAAUCACACCCACCCACGAAUUCGCAUUAGAUGAGGGGUACACAUAUCAUUAUGCGGAAGCAAUUGAACAACAACCCCUCAAUUCCGUACAGGUGUUCUACGACGUGGGCCCAACGGCAAACAACAUACGCAGACAGCUGGUAGCUGAGCUGUUCGGGCUAAUCCUAAUUGAUCAAACUUCAAACGUGCUACGCACGAAAGAGCAACUCGGAUACAAUGUUAAUAGUAUCACGAAGAAAACCAUGUACUCACACGGUUUUUUGAUUAGCGUGGAGAGUGGAGCAAACGUGACGCACGUGGAACAACGCAUCGUGAACUUUGUGCGCACCCAUGUUAAAGAGCAUCUGGCUGGUCUCAACGAUCAGACCUUCGAAGGUUACCGAGAAGCUUUUGUCCACAGAAAACUCGAAAAGCUUAUGUCAGUUGACUAUGGGAAAAAGUACUGGCCAGAAAUCUACCAGACGUGUCGAUUUAAUCGUUCGGAAGAAGAAGGUGCUUUAGCAGCCACUAUAAGCCGUAGAGAAAUCAUCGAAUUUUACGAACGGAACAUCGUUAAUCCCCAACGAGCGAAGGUGCUGAUAAUUCACAUCGUUCCCACCAGGACGCCUGGUCCCGAUGAUCAGAAAGUCCGUGUGACCCGUUUCGAUGGACAGGAAACCCUCUAUUCAAGCCUCACAGAAUUUCAAGCGACCUUGAAAUUGCAGGAGGAAGAGUCGGACGAACUUUGCGAAAAAAUUAGGCCUUACGGACAACAUGCAUAGAGAUGCCAGUGAGUGCUCAACUUAUACAUCGUUGUUUAUAAGAAGAUAAAGUUAGAUCGUUUCAUUGGGAGGCACUAUGCAGUUCGUCAGGUUUUAUGAAGCGAUUGGCUUAAAUUUUAUUCCCUAAAAAUCUAAAAUAAUUUAUUCUGUUCAGAUAUGUGUUCCUAAUUAAGUCAACUAAGUGUUGAUAUAGAAAAUCAACUCAACCUUGACACGUAGAGAAAUAAACUAUAAUUAAUGUUUAUAUGCCUAGCGUCAGCAGUACGGUGCUAAAUCAGUAGAUAAGGGAAAAAGCCUAACAGUGCGAUAAACCUACCGAUAGGCUCGUACUGUAUAGAGUCUAUACAAAAUAAAAUAAAUACAAAUUUACUGCGCUAUAGCACAAACAGCCAGAGCUGACAACGCUUUGAGUCAUCUCAUAUCUCAUCACACCAGCAGGUCAUCUUCAGAUGCAUAUAUAUCGUGUGCUGCAUAGAAAGAUGCACAUGGGUCUGUCAUAUACACACUUGGCCAUUCACCCGUACAUAACGAAAAGAAUCAUAGAGGUACAGAUA